AUGAUCUUUGUUACUUUUAUUCCUUCAGAAACAUUAGAUUUGAGAAAAAAUUUAUUAACACGAUACAAUCGUAAUUCUCCAAAAAAGUUCUCUGAAAUAUGCGAACAUAUUGAAAAUUUAUUAAUUAGACGUUACCCUCCUCCUCCCCCGUCAGAAAAGAUUACUGAUAAUAAAGAUCCUAAUGAUUUCAGAGAUUAUACAUCGGAAAAGACACCUUUAAGGGUGAUCAAUUUUUACCAGGAACAACAUGAAAAACAAACUGUGGAAUUUGUUAUUGCUCAACGUAAGAAAUAUGGAAAGUUGAGUACAAAUUUCAUCGGAAUAUGGGAGGGGUUGGAAUUGUUGAAUAGUCUGACGGAUAAUUCUGAUCCCGAUACAGAAUUAUCUCAAAUUGAGCAUUGCCUGCAAACCGCCGAAGCUUUGAGGCGGGAUAAUCAUCCAAAAUGGAUGAUUUUAACCGGGUUAAUUCACGACCUGGGAAAAUUGUUAUUUUUCUUUGGUGCAGAAGGUCAAUGGGAUGUGGUCGGUGAUACGUUUCCUGUCGGAUGUGCGUUCUCACCAAAAAUCAUUUUCUCGAAUCUAUUCUCAAAGAAUCCGGACUAUCACAAUGAGAAGUAUAACACAUUGUAUGGUAUAUAUUCUCCCAAUUGUGGGCUUGACAACGUUUUAAUGUCGUAUGGACAUGAUGAGUACUUGUACCAGGUCGUCAAGGAUUAUCUCCCCCCUCAAGCAAGUUAUAUUAUCAGGUACCAUUCGUUCUACUCACAACACAGGGAUGAUGCGUAUCGACACCUGAUGAAUGAAUAUGACUACGAGAUGAUGGAAUGGGUUAAAUUAUUUAACCCAUACGAUUUAUACUCAAAAAUAGAUUGUCCACCAAACGUGGACGAACUCAAACCCUACUACAUUCAAUUAAUUAAUGAGUUUUUUACAGAGAAGAUUCAUUGGUAA